GUUGAGGUCUGGACACUUGUUUUUUUCUGUUAGUUUUACGCAGGACAAUCGACAAACGCUAAGCAGUGGGCGGUUGGACUUUGAGCGUUCGGAGCAAUCGUUCGUUGCUCCCAGUAUCGCAGCGCUCAAGGCGGGUAUAAAAGCUCAGAGCCCGUUCCGGACAACUCAGUCUCGUCUGAGUACUCGCAAAACCCCGCAAAGGAAUUGAGUAUCAAGAGCCCGUCAUGAGGGACUCUAAGCUCUGCCUUCUGCUGCUCCUGAGCACCACGGCUCUGGCCGUUGCCCAGGACAAUGAUCAGCUAACUUGCCCGUUUGCUGAAAUGUACAAGACCCUGCACAAGUACGAAUACCUAUAUGAAGCCGAAUCUCUGAAUGCCAUCAACGGAGCUUCACCGCUCCAGAACGGACCCAAGGCAACAUGCAAGGUUGAAAUCGAAGUUCCACAAGCAUGCAGGUUUAUUGUACGCACCACCGGCUGUAGCCUGACAGAGGUGACUGCCAUGGAUUCAGACGGCAACCCUGUGUUUGAUGUAUCCCCAAGUUCCGAUGCCUUUGCUGCAGAAAUGGAGAGAUAUCCUCUGAAGAUUGAGGGUGGCUCUAAAGUGAAACUGUAUGCCGAGGAAGGUGAGACAACCACCAUCCUGAACAUCAAGAGGGGUAUCAUUUCAGCGCUGGCUGUGUCUGUGAUUAACGAGGACCAGGAAAAUAUCAUGCCAUCGAUCCACGGUUUGUGCAGAACCUACUACAAAGUCAACGCCAAACAGGACAUUGCAACUGACAUCAGCCUGGAAAGGGAUCUGUCCUCAUGUGACCAAUUUGUCCCAGUGAAAGAUCACACCAGCCCCUUGGCGCUCAUCUCUGGCAUGCAUUACCCGCUUGCCCAGCUGGUCAGAAGCUCACAGAAUUGCGACUACAAGUUUGACAAUGACCAGAAACACGUGACCUUUGGGUCGUGCACGGAGAAGCACAUCCUGAUCCCGUUUUCCCACAAGGGAGAAUAUGGAGUUACCAACAUUGGAAAGCAAAAGCUGACCCUGGUUCAGAUUUCUACUCACAAUGACAGAGUCUUUGACCACAGUGAUACUGCCAAGUCUCUUCACAUGGACACUGUUGAACACAAGGCGUUUGUCCAGAACAAAGAUUUGUAUCUGGAUCUCCUAAGAGAGCUGGCCACUCUGCCCGAGACUGACGGUGAAAGGAGGGCUCACCUCUUCCAUCAGAUCGUUACCAUGGUCCGUGGAAUGAAGAAAGAAACGCUGCGCACCGCCAUUCCUGAAUCCCUAGAAGUAUCCCGUGUCCUGACCUACCAAGUUAUGGCCCAGUGUGGAACUCCAGAGUGCAGCAGUGCUAUCAUGCAGAUCCUUAGGGGCUUUGAGACCACAUCCCUCGAGGUUGACGCCACCGUUUUUGCACUGGGGCUCGUUUCCAAUCCUUCGGCCCUCUUGAUCAAUGACAUGCUGGAAAUGGCCAAAUACAAGCCGAGCAAGCCUAUCAUGUAUGCUCUAAGCAACGUUGUCAAGAGGUUCUACAAAACGGAAGGCAAACUAAUCCCUGAGAUCCACUCUGUUGCGGAGUUCAUGGCAGCCCAUUUGGGUGACUGCUCUGGUGAUAACGCUUUCCUGACUUUGAGGGUUAUUGGGAACAUGGCUCCUGCUGUUGUUCCUGCCAGUCCUGCACUCAGAGCUUCAGUUCUCCAGUGUGUGGACCAACCAGAAGCUUCUCUUGCAGUGCAGCAAGCCGCCAUCCAGGUUUACAGGCUGACUCCCAUCCCAGACGAGGGAAGAACAGUUCUCACCGAGGUCCUUUUGGACAACACCAGCCCCGUGCAAAAGAGAACCGCUGCAUAUCUCAUACUUAUGAAGAACCCACUGCCAAGUGAGCUGGCACAGCUGGCCACCGUCUUGCCCACUGAGAAAAAUACGCAAUUCAAGAGCUUCGUAGUGUCCCAUAUCACCAAUAUUUUGUCUACAAGUGAACCUGAAACUGAAGAACUCAGACAGAAGAUUCGUGAUGCCCUCCAGGACAACGAAAUUGGAUCCAUCAUGGACCCCAUCAAGUUUUCCCGUAACUACCGCCUUGGAUCUGUGGAGGGAAAUAUGAUCUUUGAGGGUACAAGCUACCUGCCCAAAGAGGCCAUGCUGGAAAUGACCCUCAGGGCAUUUGGCUUCGACGUUGACAUGAUGGAGGUCGGUAUGGCGGGUGAAGGCUUUGAACCAACCGUUGAGGCUCUGUUUGGCGACAAUGGAUUUUUCCCCGACACUGCGCUGAAGACGAUGUACUUUGUCUCUAAUAACAUGCCACUCAGAAUCAGGGAUAUCGUACAGAGCUUCAUUCCGUCAUUGAAGAAUGCUGAGAUGAAGAUGCAGGCCACUCAGAACUUGAUGAAAGAAGUUGGGCAGAACCUCAACCAGCUCAUGAGAAAGCUGGAGAUCUCAAAGUCUCCUGAGGCGAUGGUGUAUCUGAGAUUGUUGGGAAAUGAGUUGGGAUAUCUGAAGAGCAACGAAAUGGGAGAGAUGGCUUCUGGUGCCGCCAUGGUGAUUGAGAACAUGCUGAAGAUGUUCCCUGUUGAUCUGUUGAUGGGACUGAUCACAAAAGCAGACAACACCAUCUUUGCUCACUAUAUCUUCAUGGACAAUGAAUUUUUCCUGCCUACUGUCAGUGGUGUGCCUCUUAAAAUCGCAUUGUCCGGAACCUUCACUCCUGGUAUCAAAGCUGGAAUCAAGAUCUCUCGGGACAUGAGUGAAGUGGCUUUCAUGCCCUCUGCCGGCGUUGAGUUCGCAACCCGUGUUGGAGCCUACAUUCCUGAAUAUGUCAACUCUGGAUUGGAGAUGCACACCAAUAUUUUCCACGAGAGUGGCCUUCAGGCCAAGAUCUCUAUGGGACGGGACAACGUCAAGCUGACCAUUCCUGCCCCAAGAAGCCCGACCAAGCUCAUUAAAAUGACAAACAACCUGGUGGCAGUGAGUGGCUCGAAGGUCAUGACGCUCCCCACAAUGGUAUCAAACAAGGUCGAUAAUAGCAAAUGCACCUCCGCCUUUGCUGGAAUGAAAUACUGCACUGCUCUUGAGUACAUGGAUGCUUUCUCCCAAGAGAAUACCCCCUACUUCCCCUUUACUGGUGACAGCAAGUUUUCCCUGGAGCUCCAUCCUACGGGUGAAAUCACCGAGUACACCGCCACUCUUGCCUAUGAGCUCCUUAAAGAGGGAGACGAGGGAAAGCAUAAGGUGGACGCUCUGAAGUUCAUUCUGCGAGCUGAAGGCACAGAACCCACAGAGGCCAGAGCAGUCAUGAAAUACAACAGAAGGAAGAACAUGGUCACAGCUGACAUCCAGAUCCCUGACUAUGAUGUGGAUGCGGGAUUGAGGCUGGGCGUUGUCAAUGGCAACACCAAAGGCAAAGGAACCCACUCCAUCUCUUUGGAUCUCAUCAACCAAAACGUCCCUCAGCUUUCCCUGAUUGGCCGAGCCAAUCUUGAGACCAUGAAGAAAGGUAUGCUGCAAAUGCAGCUUCUGAUCCCCGCACUCCAAGUUGACGCCUCGGUCACAGCUAACAUGAAGCGAGACGGAGAGAUGGAGUUGGAGCUCAAGAGUGACAUUAAGGUCAUGGAGGCUGCAUCCAAGCAGGAGCUCACGAUGAAAUAUGAUGCCAGCAAGGUUGCCGUCGAGUUCAAGUCUGAUGCCAAAACCGCCGCUACCUUACCGAUCAUUUCUGAUGCGUUUGAGAAGUACGCAUACGAUCUACUCGACACACAGGUGGGAGAGACUGACAUGAAGGUCUCUCACAUCUUCAAGAAGUUUGGGGAGGCAGCAAACAACUACAUGGAGAAGUACGGGGAUGACCUCCCUUACUUUCAGAACUUCCGAGUACCAGAUAUGCCAGAGAUUUCCCUGCCAGAGACACUGUUCCUGAACACUGAAACAAAGGCUGUGUAUUAUUUCAACAAAGAUCGCUUUACCAUCGCCAUCCCUCUGCCUCUUGGAGGGAAGUCAACCGUGGAGCUCAACUUCCCACCGGCUUUAACUACACCUCACUUGUCGCUGCCUGAGUUGGGGCUGGAGGUCGCCUCCAGAAAGAUUCCAAUUCCGGAGCUUGUUGUGCCCGAGAGCCUCAGUUUAAGUAUUCCUCUUUUUGGCAAAGCUGACGUUUCGACCGUGGUGAAAAGCAAUCUGUACAACAUGGAUGCCUCAAUGGCAGUCGGUAAAGACGUUGUGGAUGCUCCAAGCUAUUCCGCCCGUUUUGGUGUGAAAGGAAGCUCGCCUUUUGAAAUCCUCUCAGUCAAGAUUGAAGGCUCUGGCAUGGUGGCCACCACUGAUUCACUCAAGGCCCAGAUAAAAGGCUCUCUGUCUCACAAAUUCAUUGACGCCAGUUUCAAUUUUGCUGAGGAUGCAACCGUCACUGACCAAGUUAAUGUGAAAUCAAGCAGCAAGAUUGUAGCCAAAAGCCCGUUUGGCCUGGAUGUUGACAUCGACCACAACUCUCUGACUGAAAUCAACACCGAAAAACUCUUAAUCAACAGCACAUUUGCAGGAAAAUUCAAGGCUGGGCCCUUCCAUGGCCAGACCAUUUCAGAUCAGUCCUUCAACAUGUUUCCAUUCAGACGUACAGCAAAAAUGGACUCUUCAGUGAAGUUUGACUCAACUAUUGCUCAGGUCGAAAACACCAUUCAGGCAAACUUUGCCGAUGGUCACUUUUCAGUUGCUUCUGACACCAAAGCCUUUGAUGAGGCCCUGACGCACAAUGCUGUGAUUUCCUUCGCGGACAGCGAGUUGUCACUGGUGUGCCGCUCCACUGCCCUUGCAUUCGGUAUGUUCGUCGCCAACAAAGCUGAAGCUUCUGCUGGAGCCGGAAAAUUUGCUCUGCGAAUUGAAACAAACGGAGACCACUCUGAAAACAAUGUUUACUCCUUGAUGACUUCCUCGCUUGACAUCAAUGGCCUGACUGUAGACAGUGACGCCACCAUUAAGCUUCUGCAGAAUGAGGCCAACCACAAAUUCUCUCUAAAAUUGGACAAGGAUGGUUUAGCAACAACAGGAACAAACAUCCUCCAGAGCCCAUUGUAUCUAGAAAACACCUUCACAGCUGGGCUAGACCCUGCAAAGGCAUCUCUGAUCAUCACCAAUAAGGCGUCAUUGUUUGACCUUAUAUUUUCUAAUAGCAAUGAUCUGCUCAUGACUCUCUCCGGGUUGCAAUUCAACUCAAAGGCUAAAACCCAGGGCAGUCUUUCUAACUCCUAUGACCACGAUAUUGUCAUUGACCUGUCCAUGUAUAAAGCAUCUGCAGUUAUCAACAACAAUCUGAAGCUUCUUGCUGCUAACUUCAAUAAUAAGGCUCAGAUGAAGGCAGACCUUUCUGACAUAAACUUGACUGGAAGCCUGAAAGCCAACUACGACGAGGAAGAGAUCACGCACGUGUAUCAGGUUAACUUUGCUAGUAUGAUGGCCAACGCCAAGUGCAGCACAACUGGCAAACUUUUUGGAACUCGCAUGAGCCAUAAUUCUGAGCUUGAAAUUAUCGGUCUUGCUGCCAGGUACACCAACGAUGCUCGCUUUAACUCACAGCCUCUGCGCUUCGACCAUUCCCUGCGUUCCAGCAUUGUUCCUUUUGACUUCAACCUUGAUGCCAUCUUCAACGCUGAUGGAGAUAUGGACUUUUAUGGAAAGCACAGUGCGCAGAUGUAUGGCAAGUUCCUCCUUAGAGCCCAGCCCUUGGCUUUUGCUAGCUCACAUGAAUGCCGUGCGUCAGCGACCCAGCAGCUGAAUAACGGCUUUUCCUUAGGGACCACAUUUGACAGUAAGAUGGACACUGCUCUUUCUCCUGUUGAACAGAAGACCAGCUUUAGUUUAAAAUCCAAAAUGAACGAGCAUGCUUUUAAUCAUGACAUGAGUGUUUACAACAACGCUGAGAGAACCGGCAUAGACAUUUCUUCUGCCGUUUUAACAAAUAUUAUCAACAUGGAGUCCGCAGAAAAACAGGAAUUUGCUGUCUCAAGCUUCCUCAAGUAUGACAAGAACACAAACUGUCACAUUAUUCAUUUCCCUCUGAUGGAAUAUGUGCCUCUCCUCUUUGAAGGCAUCAAGGGUGCUGUAGUUAAUAUUGCAGAAAUUGUGCAGGAUUUCCUUGCCAAUGAGGACAUAAAGGCACUUCCUCGGCGUGUAGGUGAGUUUGUCACUCAACUUAACAUUGAGGGCAAAGUCAUUCAGUUGAAGGAGUACUUCAAUGAUUUUAUCCAAAUGGAUCUCAUCUCCUUGAAGGACGUGGAGGCUGCUUUUAUGAAUCUGAGGGUGAAUUUUGGCAAGCUAGUCAGUGAUGCCUCCCUUUACGUUCAACACUAUGCUGCCAUGAUGAAGAAAUUUCUUGUCGAUGGCAACCUGGCUGAAACCAUCCUUUCAAACAUCCAGGAACUAAUGAACGCCAUUAAUGAGAAGUACAACAUCAAGCAAAUGGUUGUGUACAUUGUGGAUACCAUGAAGAGUAUUAUCCAGCAGAUAGACCUCGAACAACUGAAAGGCACCAGUUUGGCAUUCCUGCAAAAUAUUGACAGCGAAUUUGAAAUCACGACUAUUUUGCAGUAUUGCCUGGAUGAGAUGAAAAGCUUCAUUGAGAACUUUGACAUUGUUAAUUUUGUUGCUCAGCUGAAACAGAAUGUGGCAUCCUUCGACAUUAACUUUUUCAUUGAGGAACUGGUCAGUAUAAUUCCAACAGAGAUAUUCAAUGAUAUCGCAGAGUUUAUCAAGGCACUGGUCCAGGACCUUAACAUCUUUGGCAAGAUAAACACAGUAUCUGCAAAGCUCAAGGAGAUCAUUGUAAUGUUGGAAGCUGACAAAAAGGUACAGGCCAUCUUGGAAAAACUGGUGGAGGUCAUCAAGCAGUUUAGAAUCAAGGAAACCUUCAGCACUGUUGCUAAUAUGGUGAGAGAUGCAGACGUUGCAACCAAAUUCCAGCAAGUCUUCCAGGCAGCUAUCGACUACCUGAAAUCCACAGAGGCUAAGGAUAUAGUGAGACACCUGCAGGCCUAUAUUGAAUCCAUGGAGCAGAAGCUGAGGUCCUUUAAUUAUAACGAGUUUGUGGAUUAUGUCAAUGACAUCAUGGCUGCCCGUACUGUUUACAUUAAUGAGCUCAUACAAGCUAUUGAAAUUCCCCAGAAACUUGAAGCAGCAAAACAUUUCUUUAAUGUUGUAUUUACCUCUGUUAAAGACAUUAUGGAUCGUCUGAGAGAAAUCAAAGUUGCCACAAUCAUUACAUCUGUAAAGGAACUGAUGGACCAGCUUAUGUUUGGUGGUAUCAAGAAAUUCAUUGAAGCUAUAAAGGAAGAAGUUACAGAUAUCCACAUAAAAGAAGAGAUUACCUCCUGCCUGAGGUUUGUGGGAGAGUUCUACAAUGAAGUCUUGGAAGCUGUCACUGAUAUAUAUACUGUUGUGAUUGAGACUAUGAGGACAGUGAUGCCUGAGCAAAAUAUCAUCAGUGAGAUUCAGCAAAUCGUUGACUCACUCCUUGGUGAACUGAAGAAAUAUCAGCUGAAGAGUCCAUCUUUCACUGUUCCUCUCACAGAUCUUGUGGUACCGUCCAUGACCUUCAACAUGGAUAAACUUGAGGAAGUUGAGCUCCCCACACAGCUGGAUAUUCCUGAAUUCACAAUCCUGGGUGUCCAUACUGUUAAAGCCACCACCAUUUCCUUUGAUGACAUCAAGCAGAAAAUCAACCAAGUUAUUGAUUUUAUCUUGAACUUCAAUAUCCAAAUGCUUGAUAUUGAUACAUUUUUUGGAGACCUCAAAUUGAACUACCUUCCUUCCAUGCCUGAAAUUAACUUCCCGGAAAUUACUAUUCCUGAAAUUUCCUUCCCUACAAUCCCACAAUUCCCUGUAGAAAAGCUUGUUGAGUCUCUUAAGGUUCCUGAGAUCAAAUUGCCAACAAUCCCAAGCGAUAUUCUCGUCCCUUGCUUCGGUAAACUCCAUGGGGAGGUCAAGUUUACCACUCCCAUCUACACUGUCAAGACAUCCGCUGAGUUCCAAAACUCCACCACAAGAGCACUGAAUCCCCAGUUCACUGGCAUAAUUACUUCCCAGGGCACAUCUCCCAGCUUUGAAAUUCUCAAUUACAAAGUUGACUCAAGUGCUCAAGUUGCACUGCCCAAAAUGAGCCGAAUAGUUCUCGCAGAGGUUAUCAAGAUCAACCAUGUGGCUCUUACUGUUAAUCAUCAGGCCUCUCUAUCUCUCUAUGGUCUUUCUGCCCAGGCCCAAGCAAAGACUGCAGUGAAAGUUAACACUACAAUUUACACUGCUGAUGUUGUGAACAUAGCCUUUAUUGCCAUGGAACAGGGAAUGUCUGCUUCUCUUGAUACAACCUAUAAACACCUUGUGGACCUACCACUCGUUGGGGUCAGAAGUGAUGCCAUCAUGACCCAGAAAGCAAUCAUGCGCAAAAACGCCUACACCCUCACUCUAACUGUUGACAAUGAUGGAAAGUCUGUUGCUGAGGAGGGCAACCACAAGAGCACCUUGUAUCUCUCGCUCAGUCCAAGCAUUUCCACGCUAACUUUCUCUGGUGACACAGCAUCUAAACAUUUGACAAUGAAACAGCAAGUAACUGCAGAAGUUAGCCCUCUGCUCUAUAAGUUUAAUGUCCAAAAUGAUAUGAAGACCCCAAGUAUUAAGACCAGUCAUAUUUCAUCCUCUGGAAGUAUCGAUCUUGAUAAGAUAAGGGUUGAUCUGAAAGCAAACCAUGACACUGAAUUAAUUGGAUCAUUCAGUGGGGUUAUUUCUAAUGGCAUAAACAUCGCUGCCGUUCCAUUCAGAUUCUUUGCAGACGUCCAAAACAAAGUAAAUUGUCGGAAUCAAAUCUACGGAACACCAACAGCUAAGAUUGAUUUGCAAAACGAUUACUCCACCACUCUGACACCCAAUAAUCAGAAAUUGAACACAAUUUUCCUCGCUCGCCUGAAUCAGGACGCAAUGACCUACAACUUUACCGUUGACAACAACCAAAAUGAGGCUGGGAUUUUCAUCGCAAUGGGAGGUAAUGCAAAUCUUGACUUCCUCAAUAAGCCUUUCAGCAUUCCUGCUACAAAAAUUCCCUUUGCCGACUUACGUACACCAGAAAUCAGUGACGUCAACUUGUAUGAACUGACUGGAUUGAAGUACCUCCUGAGUACGACUAAACAAGAUGUUGACGUAGAUGCCAAGAUUGUUUAUCAGAAAAAGCAGACUGCUCCCAUUGCUGUUAUAAUGGGUCACAUCCAGAUUCCUCCUCCGGGUGACCUGAUCACAGAGCUGUCCUUUAAGUCUUCUGUAAUUAAUGUAAACGUUAAUACUGGACUGUAUGCGUCUGAUAACCUUGUGUUCCGUAUUGGAGCUACCACUGCCUCUGUGUUUGAGAGCUUGAAAGCCAAGCUUGAUGGCACCACCAGCCUGACCACCAGAAGAGGAAUCAAACUGUCCAAUUCUUUAUCGUUGGAAAAUCGUCACAUUGAAGGAACCCACGCCAGCACCAUCGGCAUGAAUACUAAGACUCUAGAAACUGCUGCUACAGUGGCGUCUAAUGCACGGAUUUCCCUGCCCAUUCUGAGCUUGGAGUUGAAUCAGCAACUGGUUGCGGACACCAAAGCCAAAGCCAAGAUUCAAACCAGCUUUAACAUGAAGGGUGAUUUCAACAUCCCUGUGAUAAAGACUGUUGGAAAAGCAAACAGCGACUACAGUCUGAAGCUGGAAGCUACCAAGGAAGAGGUUUCCAUUGAAGCAUUUACAAAGGCAAACAUGAAUGGCACAGUGCUUGAUGACUAUGUAGUAGUAGGAGUCCUGGAUAGUGACGCUAGUCUGUUCCUGAAUAAUGGCCUACGUUCCACCUCUAAGAUCAUUGCUGAUGUCAAGCUUAACCGUGGCACCACCAAAGUCAUCAACUUUGAUUUAAUUGACAGUCUUGAUUUGCAAGCCUCUCUCAGUCGUGUUUACGCUGUGCUCAAGAUGACAAGCAACAACGAGCUCAACCUGUUUACUUUUAACACCAAUGGGAAGCAUAUUGGCCAGGCUACCAUUGACUUUGUACCGAUAUCCUCGCUGACUGCCGAUAUCGCGUUGGAUCUGUCUCAGCCAAGCAGCCUGGGUGAUUUCACCAUUGUGGACAAAAUUGUGGCCGACGUAAAAAUCCCCAGACAGAAAAUCUCUAAUAAGGGGAAGUUUGUGAGCCCGCUGUACACCUCAAACCUGGAUGUACAACUGGAGGGAAGCGCUGACAUGGUCAAAGGCACACUGAAGUCCUCUGCAACCUCCACUUUUGUCAUCUUGGACUAUGACCUUGAUGCUUCUUCCACUCUAUCCUUUGAGAAUUCUGCUCUGAACAUGAUCAACAAGCUUCUUCUGACACAUUCUGACCUCAACAUGGAUGUCAACCACGUAAUUGACCAAGCCAUGAGUGUCUAUCGCCAAACCCUCAACAUGGACAUCACCAGUGAAACUUUCACAGAUGUCAACCUCCGUUAUGCUGCUCGCAGAGAUGGUCUCAGUGCCUCAGUAUCCGCACCAUCCAUUGGCUUUCUGGGCUUGCAGUUCAAUGGCAGGGCUCCUUCUCAAAUGAAUGCAAGAGUCUAUGGCCGUUAUCCUACUGCUCCUGAUGUUGAUAUAGACAUCUUGGUCAUUAAGUCAUCUUCCAAGGGUGCCAACAGGAUCCAGAUUGUGUACAACAUGGAGACACCCAAAAUUGUGCUCUCUGAAGUCAAGAGGAGACUCCCCUCUGUCGUCUUUGCCGUCACAGAGUUCGCUAACAAGUAUCAGAUCUUAGGGAACAUGGAGCAGUUGAAGAAUGUUGUUGUGAACCGUCUUAGGGAUGUCUAUGAUACUGCCAUCAACUACGAUCUCGGGAUGAGCGAGGUGUCAGUCCUUUUCAAAAAUAGCAUUGUUCAGUACCAGAAAACCAUCCAGGCUGCCUUGGAUGCCAUCAUCAGAUUCCUGAGGGAGACCAAGUUCAAAUUGCCAGGAUCUGACAAUAUGACAACGCUUCCUGAGGUCCUAAAGAAGAUGACCAGCACCAUUGCUACCAUGCUAGACCAAACCCUCCAGUUUGUUUAUGAGAACAUGGUAUACUUCUAUGACAUCUUUGUUUUGAACAUCGGUAGCGUGAAAGUCAGCAUGCCAGUUGGUGAUGCAGUUACAGUAGGACAGAUCUUAGAAAAGACAAAAACAACUGCCAAGGGUAUUUUUGAUGGACUAGUGGACUUUGUCCAAAACAUGGAGACUCUUGACACAGUGCUGGUGAAGAUUGGCGAGACCCUGAAAGCUCUUGUUGACAAGUGUCAGGAGUUCGUUGACUCAAUCGGGUCAGACUACUUAGACGAAAUAUUAAUUCAUAUCAACGAAAGCUACCGCACUCUUCUGAAACUAAUGGAGUUAGUUGUUGAAAAUGUAGCUUCACUCUACAACGACACUAUGGACACACUCAUGUAUGUAGUGGACCAAAUCAACAUUGCUGUUUUUGAGUACUUGGAAAAAUCUUCACAGGACCCUCAAAGCAUUGUAAAAGUCACCCCUGGAAUGCUGGAGAUUGACCUUCCCUUUACAUUCCGACUGUGAGGAAAGAACUGAACCACCUGUCAAGAAGCAGUAUGGACACUUAUCCAUUUGUAGGACAUACAUAGUCUGAGAUUUGGAAAUUAGAUCGUUCAGUCUGUAUUUCACAAUGUCGGACAGAAUAACACAUGUCAAUAAAGUAUAUUGAA